CAGCUGCUCCUUGGAGAUACUGACGACAGUGUGAUAAAAAGAUACGAGGAGCAGACGACUUAAGCACCAGCAAGAAGCAGCACUCCUGAACCCAUUCAAUAAGCAGCAGCAUACAUCACGACCAUGUGGCACUACGUUGGAAUCCUGUGCCUGGUGGCAUCUUCUAACGCUCUGUAUGCCUGCGUAAACGACGGCGAGGUGAUUGAAGACGUGUGUCCAGGAGUUCCGCAGGUAGAUCAGCGAGACAGCCGAAUGUUUGAGGACAAGAUCUAUGAGUUCUUGAAUGUGACGCUCCGAGAAAUACUGAGAGACGAGAGCCGUCCACACCCGCCGUUCGAUCCGCUCGCCAUCGGGAACUUCUCCACUGCAUUCGGUGAAGGCAAUGAAACGCUCAACGUGGAACUGCAGAAUAUUGUCGUCGAAAAUUUGUUGGGAUAUGUUCCUUACAAUGGCUCUAUGGAACCAGUGGGAUUAAAAUUCCCUGUAGCUCUCGACUUUCCCAACAUCACAGUCACUGGACAUUGCUCUUUGGAUGGAUGGCUCAACGGUGGACACUUGUACGUUAAGGGGUCGGGAGAUAUCAAAUUUUCUCUUCUCGACACAUCUGUAUACCUGGAAUUGGAUGCUGGUGUCCACAAUGACUCGACACUCUUUUUGGAGUGUGUUGCUCUUGACUACAAUGUCGGCGGUGCUGAGUUUCAUCUGGAAGGUUUAAUUGGUGAUGGCCCCUUUGGAGACUUCCUGAACAAAGUCCUCGAUGUCUCCGUUCCAGCCGGACUGAACAAGGCCAAGGAGACGCUCGUGGGAAAUGUGAUAUGUCCUUUUAAAAAUGUAGCCAACAGUUACUUAGCUAUUCAGAGGAAAACUCUGACUGAUUUGUUUUGUGCUAUUGGUGUCACGACGCUUUGCCCAUAAGUCUGACGUUUACAGUUUGUGCAUUAUCAAACAGAAAUCUUCUCGGUUUUCUGUACGCGUCACUUAAAAUGAAAUGACUUCAAAACUGAGAUGAUGAUGUUCAGGUAUUUAGUUGUAUGAGAAC